AUGGCCGACAAUUCAAUUCCAACCAUCAUUCCACCACCAAACGAGAUGGAACACCGAGAAGGUCCAAUGAGGAUGGCUCCAGCUCCGGUGCCAGAAGGAAGCCACCGUGCUCAAAUUCGACGAAUUGUGCCAGCUGGAAUCCCGCAGUCACACGAUAUGUUGAAAGUACGAAGCGAAAGAAUGAAUGGCGAUUUGCAAUCGGAAGAAGAAUCGGAAUUAGCGUUGCACGAAAUCACAACCGAUGGGUUGCACAAUCAUGAUAGCCCAGAGGACACUCUUUCAAACGUCAAUACUAUAUCAGAAGGAGGUGCUGACCCAAGCCAUGAUGAUCAACCAUUUGAUUCUGAAGGGAUGGAAUAUUCAGAAGAACAAGAACAUACAGCCAAGAAAAAGCGACUGUGCCGCCAUCCUGGAUGCAAUCGAGUGAUCAAAUCACAGGGACUUUGUCAACGGCACGGAGGAAAGGCAAAGCGUUGCAAGGUUCCAGGAUGUGACAAACAAGCACAAGGUACUCAUGAUGGAAUGUGCAAGCGUCAUUGGAAAAUCAAGAACUGUGCUGGUGCAGUUGCAGCUGCAGAUCCCAAGGAAGAAGAUGUUCCACCACCACCCGAGGGAACCUCCGUGUACGAUGGUAUUUUGCCCGAAUCCAUUGCCUAUCGUCCUAGUGUAUUGGAACGACACCAACUGGAAGAGAGCAAUUCAACUCGUGACACGGACCACCCAGUUACACCACCUGCGGAAUUGAACAUUAUGCCAUUGGUGCUAUUUCUUAGAGAUGGCGCCAACGAGGAGUUUGGAUGGCAUCGAAAUUCCGAGCGUCGGGCGCGAGGCAUGUUUCCAUGUACAUUAUUGACCCUAACGUUUGAACCUUGGGAACAUCAACUGUGUCUAAUCGAGACGAUGCUUUUGUCUGGCGGAACUCCGUAUGCCAACUUUCGGGAUCUGGCUCAUGCAUGGGGGCGCGAUGUGGGAUUUCAUCAUUCACUGACAUCCAGUGUAUGCGAACGACGAGGUGAGGUCGAUAGGAAGAAGCGAUCCGAACUGGGAAAGCGAAAAGCUCGCGAAGAAGCCGAAUCACGAGAGAAGAUGGAGCAAUUGAUCGCCAUUGAGAAUGCAGCGUCUACAUUGCAGUGUUUACCAGUCAGUAACCCACCUCAGAUGCUGAUGCCAAUGGCGCAACAGCAGUCAACGAUGCAACCUGGCAACAUGCAGCCUCCUCCUGUGGCGCAGCAACAGCAGCAACGACAACAGCAACAACAACAACAACAGCCGCAACAACAACACCAAAUGCAUCAUGGUAUGCCACCUCCUCCAGUUCAGCAACCUAGUAGUAGUAGUAGAAGCCUGCAACAACCGAUACAGUCGAUACAGCCUCAACUUGGAAUGCCUACAUCAGUGCAUCCUGGUAUGCCUGCACCAAUGCAACAGAACAUGAAACAAAAUAUGCAAGAAAGUAUGCAACCAUCCAUGCAAAACAACAUUCAGCACAACCUUCAGCACAACAUGCAACCACCUAUGCAGCCACCUAUGCACAACAACAUGCAACCACCUAUGAACAACAACAUGCAAAACAAUAUACAACCACCACUGCACAACAAUAUGCACAACAAUAUGCACGACAAUAUGCAACCACCAAUGCACAACAAUAUGCAAAACAACAUGCAAAACGACAUUCAAAACAACAUGCAAAACAACAUGCAAAAUAUUAUGCAUCCACAUAUUCAAAACAGCAUUCAGCACAACCUGCAACCUCAAGUGCAGCACAACGGGCAACACAACGAGCAACACAACGUGCAACCCCGAUUGCAACACAACGGGCAACACAACCUGCAACUUCAAUUGCAACACAAUGGGCAGCAAACCGAGCAACACAACAUGCAACACAACAUGCAACCACACGUGCAACACAACAUGCAACACAACAUGCAACAUAAUAUGCAACCACACGUGCAACACAACGGGCAACAUAACAUGCAACCACAAUUGCAAGCUAGUAUUCAACAACUAGCGCAUCCGGGAAUGGAUCACCAAUUGCAACCUCCAAUGCAGCCGCAGAUGCGACCUCCAAUGCAGCAUCAACAGCAGCACAUUCAAAGAAUUUUCCAAGCUCCGACGCAACUUCCAAUGCAACAGGGCUUUCAGGCUAGCCAACAAUCGCCACCACUCCCACAAGGGCUGCCGUCAGAUGGAAAUGGGCAUCUUAUUGAUCUGUGA